AUGUAUAACUCGUGUUUUCGUUUUCGUGUUUAUGCAAACGUGCUUCGACUAUCGAGAAUCACACAACGACGUGUAUUCAGCCGUGCGCCGGGCAUUCCCGAAGAUCAUGCUAAAGGUCAAUUGAUAUCAUGUUUGAUCGAUGCAAAUGUAAUCGUUGAUCAGUUACCCACAAAUUCACGCGUUGUAAGAUUAAAAGCAUUCGAACCUGAGUUAUCUUCUAAGAAAUCCGACUUCUAUAUUCGACGAAAGCUCUGCAUGCCGGUAGUGCAUAGCACUGUAUUAGAAGCACCUAAAUUUCUUGGCUGUAGACGUGAAAAGUCUUUCAUACCCUUAAGCAGCCACACAUACACUAAGUGA